CCGGUAUUUUGACUCUGGGCUGUUUUUAGCCCUCCAGAGAUAGCUUACGUAAGCUACAGACAGCCGCGGCGGUGCCUAUUCAUCGCUGCUCCAGCCACGGCGCAAAAAAACCGCUUCGCGACAAGCCUAGCAGACCCUAAGCGCCAAUGCGAAUUACACUCCUCAUUGCUGGCGCCGCGAUUGCUGGCGCCGCAGCGGCCGCUCCAAAAUCAGACCCGCUAUCAGCCUGGCUCUACAACCUGGAAUUUCCCCUGCCCGACGCGCACGGAGUAGUCGACGGCGUCGACGUGUCAUUGACGCAAGCGACCUGUACUCAUGCACAAAUAAAAUCACUGGAAGCGACCGGUUAUCAAACAACGAUCAGCAUCAAUACAAAAGACGCGGCCCUCGACUGCGCGUUUUCGUGGGCCUACCAAACACAACAUCUGAAAGGCAACGGCCGCGCGUCGGCGUCGCUGUUAGUGAAGAAGGCGGCGGCCUCCAUUAUUCUCAAUGCGUCUCAGGAAACGAGACCGCGCCCCAUAUCAUCAUCGCUGCGGAACUGCUCCGCCGCCGCGAAGGUCACGGCUCUGAAGGUGAAAGGCGGGCUCACCGGAGCACUCUUGGAAUUGCUGGCGCCCUGGAUCGAGCGCAAAUUAUCUGGGGAAGUGGGACCCGCGCUCUGUGGCACCUUGAAGCCGCUCGUCGACGCGAAUCUGACUCGCUUGAUCCGAACGACGACCGCCCUCGCGAGCACGUGCGCCAUGAAAGCGCGGCGCCGCAAUGAACGCGACUUACAACAAGCCGGCGCCGCGUCCCGAUCGGAUCUCCUGGAUUGGCGGACGCCCCGCGUGACGGCUCUUACCAAGAUCGCGGGGCGGCUCGGCAACUGCGCGGCACGGCAAGGUGUGAAUAUGAACCUGAACGUCUCCAAAACCUUCCGGACGCCCCUGGGCGAUAUCAAGGUAGGCGUGACGUAUCUGAACGUCCGAGGCGUCUCCGAAUUGUCGAUAGCACCGGCGCGCAACAAUUCGUUCGUAGCGAGGGCAACGGGCGACGUCGCCAUCAAAUCAACGAUAAACCUGGAGGUGACGUCGCCGCUGAGCCCAUCUUCAUUAACAGAGACCUUCGCGGCGUCGGUCUCCGCGCGAAAGGCUUCAAUCGACGGCGCGCUCCGCGUGGCACUCGCCCCGACGAAGAGCCAGCCUUUUGGCGCGUUGGUCCGGACGCCUUUACAAUGCCUCGCCCGGAGCCUCGAUACGGUCUCCAUCACAGACAUAGAUAUAGCCGCGGCGGCCUACGCGCGGGCCGAGCUCGCGCCGCAAGGAACGCCGUCGCCACUCGCGGCAGGCGUCGACGCUACACUAAACGUGCUCUUCGAUCUGAUCGUGAGAAGCUUCCCCGGCUUCAUAGAUGACGCGAUCGCGUGUUCAAUGGACGCGGCACGAGAAAAUGCGAACGACGAUGUACAGAGACGCAUCGCAACGGCGCGGCGCGCGCCCUGCGCGCCACCAUCUACCAAAGGUACGGUAGACUGGGCCGCCUCACCUUUGUUGGAUGCUCUGGACGGCCUUUCGGUGGAGACGGCGAAUUUCGGACUGCAGUGUCUCGUCGAGGGCCGCACGACAGCUAUAGGGGAAGCGGCCGUCACCGUCAAUGGCGUGGACACUCUGUCAAAGCUCGACCUGAGCGGACGCGGUUCCGAGAUCGACGCGGCGCUCGGCAUUGAUGGCCCUGCGUCCGUUGUUGUAAAGGUGGACGGCAAAAACGCGUCCUUGCAUAUCAGCGAUUUAUCCAUUGAUGCCUCGGUGACCGUGCCGCUUGUUUCGACGAUUGAGGACGCCACGUUGGAUGACGGCGGUUGUGCCUUCAUCACCAGCCUUGGCCCGCCGGCCGUGGACACGCUGUCAAUUCAAGCGCAGUCGUCCUUGGCUGUAAACGGUUUCGACGGUCAGACGAAUGAAGCGCUGUCGAAUGUGGGAAGCGCCUUGGCCUACGAGGUCGGCGACGUCUGGAAUGACAAUGGUCGUGUAGCAUUGAAUGCGCGCUGGGCGGCGCAGCUCGACGCGGCGUCGAAGCGGUGUUCUGGCGACAAGCACAAGAAACAGAGCAAGGCGCCCUGGGCCCUGGUCAUUUGUGUUGUGCUUGUGGCCGUCGUCGCCAUCGUGUUCAUCGGUCUGAAAGUCGACGACGCCCUGGCCCCAAAUGAACUCGAGGCCCCGUUGCUCCCUGAACAACCUUCUAUAGAGGAGGACCUCGAGCUCCUCACCUCACCACAAUCUCUAGCGACGAACGCACCUCCUUACAUGAAAAUACUCCUACCCAUGGGCUUAGUACUGACCACAGCCCUCUUCAUCUGGUCCCACGUCGCCUACGCCGCAACGGUCAAGCUCGAGGUACGCCUAUUACCACAUGCCGGCCUGGCGGGCGGCGCGGAAGUGCUCCACCUGGGCGACCUCUUCAGAUUUUCCCUCACGAGUAGUGUCAAGGACAUGUGGCAGGCCCACGUCUACGUGUUGGCUGUGUUGGUGGCUUUGUGUUCGGGCGUCUGGCCCUAUACCAAAAUAAUACUGUUGGGGGUUUGUUGGUUCUACACCCCACCCAAGCGUGGCCAAAUACUAGAGUGGAUUGAUGUAUUAGGUAAGUGGGCGCUAGUCGACACCUUCGUCAUGACGCUGAUGUUGGUGGCUUUUCAUUUCGAUGUUACUGUUGGGGAUACGACUGGUGACAUAAAAGCAGCGUCACUGGUCGACGCGGUGACCGUGCGCGUCUUCGUCGAAGCCCUACCGUCGUUCUUCGUCUAUGUUUUAGCCUCGUGUCUGUCGUUGGUGCUUGGGCAUGUGACAGUCGCCCGGCACCGGUCGUUUGACGUGGUAGACGAUGCGCCGUUGGCACUAUGUUCGAUGAGGUACAUUUUAGGUUUCGCGGCGAUGCUUGUUUUGGUGAUAGUGGGCUGCUGCCUGGCGUCCUUCGACUUCCACAUUCAGGGGCUGGCCGGAUUAGUUUUGGGCGACAAGGCGAAGCGAAGGUAUUCUUUGAUCUCUCUAGGUGAGGCAAUCCCCGGCAGCAGCAAGGAUGCAAGAGGGGCUGUGAGUCUAGAGGUCGUCUACUUCUUCUUCGGCUUCGCGCUGCCAUUAGUACAGCUGGUAUUAUUAGCGGUGCUUUGGGUGGUACCGCUCUCAUUAAAGCUGCAGCAACGACUGUACGUGGCCUGCGAGGUGAGCACGUCGUGGGCCGCGCUCGACGUCUUCGCCGUUGGCGUCGUGGCCGCUUUGUUAGAGAUCUCAAAGUUCGCGCAGUUCAUGGUCGGCCACCGCUGCGACGCUCUGAAUAGAUUCCUGGGCAAGCACCUCGACCGCGCGCUCGGCGGCGACGACAAGUGCUUCGACGUGUCCACGGAGCUCACGCGCGGCGCCUGGGUGCUCUUGCCGGCCGCUUUUGUGAGUGGCGUCGUCGGGGUCGUGCUCCUGCGCAAGGCGAAGGCGAAGCUCGACGAGCGCGUCGAGCGCGCGCGGGCGAAGGACGACGAGGCGUCUUCUGCUUCCUCGAGCGAUGGGGAGGACUCGCUGAGCUUGUGA